CCCAGAAUUCUUAGCGUUUAGGCAGGAAGUAAAUACUUUAAUGACAAACAAACCGUAGCGCACCUGCGGAAUUCUUAAAUACAUUUAAUCUCACUUAAAGUUGUUCAAACCUGUGUAUUUGGAAAUCAAGCGCAAUGUCAUGCCCUUUCAAUCAAUCUGUUCGUGUGUCCGCAGCGGAGCUGAACCCCGCAGUGUUACCGCUGGAUUGGCUCCUGGGUACCUGGCAGUCUGAUGAACCAGGAGAAGGAUCUUUCCCCACAAUCUCAUCUUUUCGUUACACAGAAACGCUACAUUUCUCACACGUGGGACAACCUGUGAUAAAUUUUAUGUUUAAUGCGUUCCAUGCCGAGAGCAAAAAGCCACUUCACAGAGAGUGUGGCUUUAUUAGGCUUCAGCCAGGCACCAAUAAAGUGGCCUUCAUCAUUGCACAAAACUCUGGUCUUGUGGAAAUUGAGGAGGGUGAACUCACUGGACAGCAGCUGACUCUGCAAAGUACCGCCCUGGCUAGAACAUCUUUUGCCAAGAAGCCUCAUGUUCAGCAGAUCUGCAGGCACAUCCAGCUGAAGCCCGAUGGAAGGCUGGAACAGACCGUCUCUAUGGCUUUGCAAGGACAGCCUCUGGCCCAACAUUUGCACAUCACCUACCGAAAGACUGAGUGACCAACUGAACUGUGGCUUUAAAGAUGCUUCUCAAUGAACUUGAACUAUGUACAUCUCAUUUGAUGCAUAAUAUUGAUAGUUCAUAAACAUGCAUUUGCAUGCAAUAGGGAACAUGCACAUACAAAAAAAUACAAUCAAUUUUUUUUAUAUAAAGCAACCAAAUUAUUAAGUAGUUUGUGUAAAAUGGUGAUUCAUGGGGAAUGAAGAUAUGCACUAAAAGAAAAUAAAUAGCACUGACAAAUAUC